GAGAGAGAACAGUGCAACAAAUCUUUGCGCGCAGUUCGAAUCUUACAACCGAACUUCAAAACGAUCUUAUAAUGAAAACGAGGUAGGAAAUAUAUUGAAAAACUAAUAGAAAAUGUGUUGGUUGAUUUAAAAGAAGUAGUAUACCAAGAUGAUUUUUAUGCCAGAUUUUACAUUAGCCUACACUUGAAAAAAGUGUUCCAUAACGGUUCUUUGGCUGGCCCCAUAGGAUAAACCUUUUUGGUUCCGGGUAGAAAGAACCCUUUUGGGUUCCAGGUAGAACCCUCUGUGGAAAGGGUUCUACAUGGAACUCAAAAGGGUUCUCAUAUGGGGACCAUCGAAGAACCCUUUUCGGUUUUAGAUAGCAUCUUUUUUUCUAAUAGUGUAUUUAAUUAAGAAUGCAAGGCCAGGAUGCGCACUUAUACCAACUAUUUGUGUCAUUGGAUGAAAUUGAUUGAAUCACUGAUUAUAUAAAGGUGUUUUCCUUGGGCAUUGUCCAGCUCAAUGGUCCAGCUCCCAAACCCCGAUUGUUAUGAUGAUUAUGACGUGUUUAAGUCUUCUGCGGUGAUUAUCACGUGAUUAAAUCUUCUGUGGCGGUAGGACGUCCCAUUGCCUUCUAGGAACAAACAAGUCACAUAAGGGGACAAGAGAGCGCAAUAACUGGGAGCUUGUAAAGUGAUAUUCGUUUAUCGUGGACAGUGAAGAGCAUCAGUCUAUACUUCGGUGAGGCGCGUCAAUUUUGACCCACAACGUCAGGAAUUCGCAACAGUAUUUCAGAUUUGAGUGCAUCAUUGGACACUGAUGGGACAUUGAGAUGGCAUCAUCAUUAUCAUCUGAUGGGGCCAUGUUGGUCUGUGGGAGUAUGGAGGAGCUGAAGCGCAGGGCCCAGGGCCCGGUGAGGAGGAACCUGUUUGGGCCUGUGGACCACGAGCAGCUGCAACAGGACUUCCAGAGGCACCUGUGUAUGACCGUGGAGUCGGCCAACAAGCGCUGGGACUUUGACUUCAACGCCGGCCGGCCGGCCACCAACAGCGCCAGCAUGGAGUGGGAGGAGAUGAAGUGCCAGGAUGUGCCGGCGUUCUACCACAGCUGUGUGGUAAAGAAGCCGGUGAUUGGCAUCGCCGGGCGGAGGGCAGAGAGCGAGAAUGUCAGGCUGGCGCGGGCAUCAUCUCCAGGGUCGUCCAGCAUUGGAGAGGAGUACCUGGAGGUGACCACCAGGGAGAGCUAUAGGAUCCAGAGGCCGGAGAAGAUGGUGGCCAGCCAGAAGGCAGGAGCAGUCAAACGGAGACAAGCCGCCAUAACAGAAUUCUUUGUUGUGAAGAAGAGGAGGGCCAUGCACCACAAACGGUCCUCACUGCAGUAAACGCAUCCCAAGAAAGAGCACCAUUCAGUGGGCAUGCUUCGUUUGGAAAUCACCUCAUUAAGAUGAAUUUAUAAUCUCUGCAGCUUUCUGUAGCGACUCUGACUGUCAAAAAGCUCAUAGCUACAAAAUGUCUUAAAAACUCCUGACAAACUCUGUUGAUUUCCACGCAAGGAAGCUAACUAACGUCCUCUCAGAGUGAAAUAUCUCUGAGUGGAAAUGAUGGAUAUGUUUGUAUAUAUAUUUAUAUAUCUGUAUUUCAUCUAUAUUUCCUAAGCUUGUAUGAUUGUCUAAGCUUUAGAUUAUACUGUGAAAUAGUUCAAAUACACUCAUCAGGAAAAAACCUAAACAGCUCUGUUGUAAGAGACUUCUUCCAACAGUAACCUUGGUAUAGUAUUUCUUAACCCCUAACCACCUCAGCCCGCUCUCUAACAGCCUCUCUCAGAGUUUUGAUAAGAGGAGUUCAACUACUCCUGACCUCACUCCACGUGUCGUCUUCAGUUUCACCACGGCUGUAAAAGUAUCAGCCACUCGAGUAAGAGGCCCCGGAGUCACCUCAGGUCAAAUUGGCAACGUGACCAUGAUUAGCCUAGGGUACAAAGGUCAACGGUGAAGUUCCAGCACUUAGGCUAUCAGGCGAUGGCUGCAUCGGUAGGGACUUUUAUGAUAAUGAUACAUCUUAUUGAGUAAUAAUGCUUCUCAAUAUAUGUUUUUUAUGACGGUAAUUGUUUUAUUCUUAACAACAAGAUACUAAAGCGUCAUAUCAGCUUCUUGGUGUGAGUAUUAUUACAGAGUGAUAUAAGGUGUCAGUAGGCAACAAGCUUAAAUUAGCUUAAGUUCAUGCUCAAAUAUUGUUAUAAUGGCAGACAUACACUUCACCGUUGGCACCACCGUCUCUGUAAAAUUCGUCAAGAACUUCAGUACAAAAUGGAAUAAAAUGUCAAACUGUUUUUAUUUAGCCCGUAAUCUUUCCAUUAUCUAUUUAGCCCGCUUCAUUUUGACCCAUUUAUCUUACUAAGGUAGUAAAACAGGUUAUUGGAAAUUGUUUGGUAACAAAACGGAAUAUACCUUGUAUGGUUGGCUUUUGUUGGCUAAAUCCUUUUUUACAAUGUAUCCUUUUCUACUCUUGUCUUUUUAUAAUGGCAGCCUCUAGGUUUUGAACGCGACUCUUUUCUGUAUGAAGGUAAUGUAGCAUUGACAUUAUUUGGAGUUGAAGUUAUAAUGGUGUUGUAGUUCACCAAAGUACAUUGAUCCUUAAUUGCAUACGGAACAUUCCAAGUUCUGUCAGUAAAUGAUUCUUUUUUUUAUGAGGAGCUGAGCUGUUACACAUUUCUAUUGCUGUGCUAAAAUACUAGACUGUUGUGACAACUGAGGCAGUUGACCAAAAAUUGAUUUGUGAGACAUCUGUAAGCGUUGGCUUGAGACAAGGGACAUAGCCAUAGACAUCCACAUGCCUUAAGCAUCUCACAUAUACAUCUCAGAUAUACCUGUGAUUAAUAUACAGUAUCACAGAUGUAUCCAUUGGUAUUACAUUCCAAACUUUAUACCAUUCAUUCUCCAGAGUCACAUCGCAAUACUGAUAGUAAUAGUGGCGAAAAUAGCAGUCCUACAGGGAGUGCAUUUCCCAAAAUGAGUCAUGUUUGAACAAAUAGCCAUAAUCUGGAUUACCUACCUCAUUGAGCGAUUGACAAAAAAAGUGAAAAUAAUUGACAAAAGAUAUACAAAAUAAAAAUUGUCAAAUAAUUACAACAUAUUUGUUGGAAACUACAGGAGAUCAUUUUGUAUUACUGUUCAUAGCUGGUUCAGUGGGAAAAUGGGUUCAGACCAUAGGCUUUAGUUACACAUCAGGUAAAAUAGUCAGUGUGUCAGAGUGAUAGGCCCAUUCCAGCUCAAAGCAGGACUGAGGAAACUCAAGUCCUCUGGGAGUCCUGAGCUUUGUUAUCUCUGGCCCUCUGGCUUGCUUUGACUGGUUUCCCAGAAGUAGACAGAAUGGAGGAUAGGGGGGGCAGGGACUUUAUUAAUAGACCGCAACAGAAUGAUGUCCGAGACCCUGAAUCAAAGUGGUUCUAUAACCAGACGAGUAGCCUGUGUUCUAGAGGGCUUUUGUCUGGAUCCAAAGAGGUCCUUAUAUACCACCGCCCUAUUGACUUGCCAACGUAGAGACAUGUCAACAGAACGUCUUGAUUUCCGUUUACACACUUCACCUCACAAAUGGAAUCGAUUAUCCAUUUUUAUUUAAUAAUAUUUUAUGGUGUUUUUGUUGUUGUUUUGUGUGUGUUUGGACUUUGCAUUUUGGUAUACAUGCGCCUGUCUUUCAACGUGUUCAAAACAAAUCUUUAAAAGUCUGUUAACUUAUUUUUAACUAUAUAUUUUGUUUUUGUAGGGAAAUAAUUCUAAAUACCCUUUCGGUAAAACUAAUUGAUUAUGUGUAUUGUUGAACUGUCUUUGCACUAAAACAUUAUUGACAAGAUAAUUCUAUAUUUCUGAUUUUAUAAAAGUACUCUCACGGAAGGGGAAGUGGUUAGAACAAAAACAAACCUUCACUGCUGAACUGGGACACAGACUAUGGGCUAUCGUAGUUUGGGUCGGACACAAAAUGAUAAAUAGAUAUUCGGUGCUUUCUUGGUAUUACAACAGUGUUAAAACAAGGUAAUACUCAGCCAUAAUAUUACUGACUGUACUGGUUUUCCCAGAAUUCCCUUGGCAAGCGAACUGUGAUAAGCUAAUGAUCAUAGAUCUGUAUACAGCUACUGGGCUGCUCAAUCCUGCAUCCCCCCUGGCCCACAGUAUCCCAGGUAUAUCAAAACAUAGUAUUGCAUGCCUUAUAUGCAUGAAUGGAUAACAUAGGUUUUUGAUAGGAUAAUGGUUAAUGUAUGCCAAGUGUAUUACAAUGUAAUUACAUGGGAACAGACUAUUAGCUUUGAUUCGGUUUGGUAAUAGUUUGAAAAUAAAAUGACACAUUUCAAUGAGGAUUAAAUGACCGGUUUUUGGUGCACUGUUGACUUUGAUGUUCAUUUGUUACAGUAUGUUUCAGAUUAUUAAAUAUGUAAAUAAAUAAUAGAAAUAUACUAAAGUAUUGUUUGUUUA